ACAUUUAAUGGCGUUGAUUUAUUAUUACUUAUUUUUAUAUGUUUAAGAAACAUUAACACCAAAUUUACUAUAUUUAUUUUAAACAAAUGUGCAUAUUAAACAAUUUCUAUACAAAUUUAAAGUACACAGAAAGCUUUAUAUAAAUAUAAAGAAACAAUUGCUUUUUACUUGUGAACAAUGUUUCGGUAAUGGAAUCGCUCGAAGAAUCAAAUUGUCACUCAAUGAGCGAUAGUUUUUCUUUAUACGAGCGUUAUAUGAGAAGUUUCAAUAUUGUGGAUAACUUCAAGGACGACAACAAUCAUCCCGAUCCUAAUGAGCUGGUCUCUGCGAGUAAUUGCUAUUACGACAGUUCCAACAGUGUAGGCAACAUUGACUUGGCCGUUGUUACACAAAAUAAUGUCAAGAACAAGCAUUGUGAGCCAGGUGAGCCUGAAUGUAAGUCGUUGAUUAUUGCACCUUGUGAUAACGUCGACAGAAGGUCUCCUUUGCACAGUGACCUGGCAACAAAACCAGAGUCUCCCUGCACAUCUCUUGCGGCUUCGUUACUCGAUAAUUCGUCCGGCACCGUCAAUUGUUUGCAUAGCGAUAAAUCCGAUCCUGUUGAAGUCCCUGUGUCUUCGGACGAUUCAAAAUCUGGUUUGUUUAAGCACCCAGUAUUCAUAACCUCAACUAUGGAAAACAGCAAUAAUGCUGUUGAUAGUGUACCAAUGUUUUGUCAUAUACGAAAUCCUGAGAGUAUUUUCAAAUUACCCAUCAGUGAAUUGUCUUUCAAUGGUACUAUAAAGCAUGUAAAAAAAUUAAAACCUAUUGUAGAUCCAAUAACAGCAUUAACAUCAAACAAUGGAUUAGUUAAUUUAGAUGAAAAAACCAUUGACCACUGUCUGGACUCAUAUCAGAGUGGUAGCGAUAAUUGUGAAUCAAUUAAAGAGCAAACUGACAAUAGCGAUCUUAAAGCAAGGAGUUUAACAGACAGUCAUAGUAGCUGUGAUAAGAACAAUACAGAAAAGACUGCAGAAAGUUCUGGAGAUUCCCAAUAUGAGGAGUUUAAUUUGAAGAAAGACUGUCAAGGGAAUGAGGAAGGAAACAGUAUGAAAUGGAAUUUAGAUCACAGUUAUUCAUCACUGGAAGCAUCUUUUGACAGUGGUGUACGAUCCCCAGACAUAUUUUCAGAUGAUGGUGAAGAGGAACCUAUACCAGAAUCUGAACCGUUUUGGAGUUUUCUUAAGAAUUUUGAAGCUUAUGACAAAAAGAAAGUGAGGAAAAUUGAGAAAACCCUACAAGGCGUACUUCCUCCACCCUCAGUCACAGUCUUGAAAACAGAUGUAACAGAAAUGCUCAAGAAGUACUACUGUUUCCUGCCAGCUUUUACUGAAGUUCCCAAAAACAAUGCUAUAGAAGUCAAUUCAGUGACCCCUACAAAAAGAGUUUCCUUCAUACAAAUACCAACAGAACCUGAAUCAACAGGAUCAUCACAUGACAAUAUGCCAUCAAAAUGCAGUACUUCUGAAACUGAGAAAUCGAAAGAGAGUACUAAGUCUGAUCUAGAACUUGAUACUAGUACAAAUGACAAAAGUAUUGAUAUAAAAAUGUGUACACAAAUUGAAGCUGCUGAAAUGUUGUGGCCUGAUGUGUUAAAGUAUAGAUGUCAUGAUGUUUAUUAUAACAUCACAAAAUAUUCUGAGAAAUUUGAGUUGUUAGCACUACGCUAUGGUGAGAGAUUUGUUGGAGCAGAGACGGAUACCAGUGUUAGUAUUCACUCUGGAGGAUUGCAGUCACCCAGCAGUGCUAGCAAGCGGAAAGCUCUCAGACUCAAGAUGGCACAAGCUAAGUCUCCUGGUAGACGUUUGUCACAUUUGGCUCGACGUCGGCAGGCAUUCUGUAGUGCGGCAACAAUCAACGAAAAAGCACAAGCCACCAAUUCAAGAAUGGUGCUAAUUGAUAAGAAUUUCUUCCCGCACAGAAAGCUGAUUAACACAUCUGAAAGGAAAAGUCCUCGACUCAAGCGCACUCCGGGUAAGAAGACUCCCGGGCGUAAAACCCCUGGAAAGAAGACACCUGCCAAAACUCCUAAAACGCGUAGUGGUGGCUCCAGCCGGAAGAAAGCUAUGAGGAGACUCCUCAUGGAUCCAGAGAAUUUGACGCGAUCUCAACCAACCCGAGAAACAUUAAAAAGGGCAUUAUUUGUAAGUCCAGAGAACCGAAAGACUGUUCCAUCAGCUCCUUGCACAUCAGUACCACUUCAAGCUAUGAGGUCCAAAAGAGCUCUAUUCGGGUCUCCAGAUCUAGCGCAAACGAAGAGUUCAGACGGGUCGUUAAGUGAUCAAUUUCUAAAGCGGAAACGCGACAUGUUAGAUGAUGAGCUAAAUGAGAGUAGGAGUAAAAUAGCGAAGAGUUUAUCGUUCGGUGGCGAUUCAAUAGGUAACACAAAGUUGCAUUCGUUCAGUCGUCGAGCAUCUGAAAUGUUCGUGUCUAAGACUGCUGUUACCGCUCAGCUGAACGAGAAUCAUAAAAAGAAACUUCUGUGGGCUGUGUCUGAAGCGUUGCGUCCACACGGAUGGUCAAUGUCGUCGCCGGGCUUCCGUGAGAAAGCAUCAGCUCUGGCGCGGCUGACUCGUAAACUACUGACGCUGACGCCUCACGCCGCCAGACUAGCUUCCCCCCAUCUAUCUACUUCUGACACUAUGCUUAAACUCGCCCGCCGGUAUGUGUUCUCAAUCAUACAAGGACGAUCAGUCGAUGAUUGUUACGAAGAAGAACAAGUGAAGGUCAACAACGAAGCUAGCAGCAAAGUCACCGGCUAUAUAUCGGCGACUGCUUACCAGCAGCUAAAAUCGAGGCAGCCUUCUACCAGUUCCUCCACUUCACAAAUUAAAGAGAACACUUGCAGCGACAGUUCUACGAAAUUAGAACAACCCAGGAGCACUUCGAAAAACAUCUUACAAGACAAGUUAGUAAAUAUUGAUGCAAACUCAAACAGUAGUAGCAGUGGUCUCAGUAUGUUAGAUAAAACAAGUGUAGGUCUAUUUAAGUCAAAUUCAAUGCCAUCAUUUGAAGAGGCAGCUAAAAUGAGAGCUAGGAGACAAAUUAGUUUUGAUAAUACCGACUUUCCGAAGCGGUGAUGUGUGUGAAGUGUUAAUGUCCGAUUUUGUUAAGCUCUGAAUAAAACAAGUGAGGCUUUUUAAGACAUUUUGAAAAUGAAUGACGUCGAACUAUUUUUGUUUAUUUUUAGCGGCUAUGAACAUAUAGACACUGAAAAUGUUCGUAUUAAAGCAUGGCAGAGAAUUGUAAAAGUUGGAGUGAGAUGCAAUAUGUGUAGAAUGUUUUGUUAGUGUAAAUUUCAUACUGGUGUUACUCGACGACAGUAUGGUCUAAGAUACGACUCAGAAAUAUAUACUUACCCUCAUCUCUUAUUCAAUAAUGACAACAUUAACAAGUUUGAUACUAUGUAGAUCGAAAGAACAGAUGUAAGUCGAAAGAAUAUUACAAACAGAAUAAAAAAAAAUAGAAAACAAUUAUUGAAGUUCUACAGUAAAGCUCUCUUUUUUAUGUGGAAAGUUUUUCCACAUAAAAAGAGUGAAAGAAAAAGAGAGUUUACAUACAUGAUAUAUGAUAUUUAACAGUCAUUAUAUUUUAGUUGAUAUUGUAUGUCUUGCAAAUUUAAUAGUUCAAUGUUAUUGUGUUGAAAAAUAUGAUAGAAUAACUUACGUGUGUGUAUUGGAGACUUUAGUAGUGUAAGUGGUGUCCUAAGUAAUUUCUUAGGAAGCUAUGUCUACACACUUCUCUGUUCUGAGAUUUAACAUGAUAGACCUAUGUCCAAUAAAGAGUUGAUCCAAACAACCCAUGUGGGGUUUAUAAUUUAUUUUUAAUAUUAUAUUUAUCUUCUCCAAAAACAUUAACCAUAUAUAAACUGUAUAAAAUAUUUUUGAUAAAACUCGUUACCUACCGUACUAGUGAAAUAACUGUGAUACGGCAAGGUAAGAAUCCCGCACUAUAUGAAUAGGGAUCAUUUUAAAAUAAAUCUACAUAGUUUCUAAUAUAUAAUAGUUGGCAUUAUUAAAUAAAACAUGAAGCUUUAUAUUUGUUAUCACGUAUCUUCUAGUAUAAUAGAAAUAAUAUAUUUAUGUAGUACUAUCUAAAAUUGAAUUAUCAAAACAUCAUUAAGGCAUCUUGCUCUAUCAAUCGACAGUAGAUUGAAGAUAAAAUUCCCUUAAUAAAAUAAUUUAUUUUGUACUGCCGCUGUUCUCGGCGUCAGAAUGCUUAUAGAGUAAGCGAUACCAAUAAUCAAUAAAAAGCAUGUACAUAGUACUUACACUAUGUAUACAGGAUACAUACAAUAAAUGAACUAAACAGGAAGUUAGGUUGAAUACUCAUGAAAUUGGACCGCGUAAGAAAGAAAGCGGAAAUAUAAAUAAUAAAAAAAUAAUUACCUAAAAAGUUAAUAAAACUAUUAUCAGGUUUCAACUUUAUUUCUUGAUAUAAGUGGAACGGUUCCGCAAGUACCUGUAGUAAAUAUACUUUAUAACGACAACCGGAGAACUUGGCUUAUUUGUAAGGAGAUUGUAUCUUUUAUUUCGACCUCACUUAUCGCAUUAUACUUUUUUUAAGGAUGUCAAUGUUUAAUAUAAUGUUAUUACUUGUACCCAUUUUGUUAUCCAUAAAUUUCAUAAUUUUGUACUGCUAUUUCACAUAAGAACUAUAACUUAUUUACUUAAUGUUUUUAAAUUUUCACUUAGUACUUUCAUUGCGUGGCUUCCAUGAAUUGGCAUUUCACUAAAUGACAUAAUGUGAUGUAAAUAUUAGUACACGUACUGACUAUUUAUUUGAGAAUAAAUGAAAAAAAUAUUUAACUUUACGAAUAACUUAUGUUAACGAAUUACUUUUUUUUAUUUGUUGUGACUUCUGACUUAUAAAUUAAUAUAAUUUUAUUAGUGGUAAUUGAUAUAUUGAAAGGAAAUUCUUAAAUGAAAAUAAACAACUGUAGGUUAGGUAGUGAUAGGUAAUUGUUGUCCAUUCGAUAUAGCUAGCUCGUUUAUUAGCCCUUAAUGCUCUUUUCAAUAGUACAUUGUUUUUUUUUAAAGUUUUAUUUUGUUACCAUGCAUGAUUUACUUUUCUAGUAGUUCAUAAAUGUUCGCUUUUGUUUAACAAUACAUAUUAUUACAAUAAGGUGCAGUGUACAUUGUCCUAUAGUAUUUAUGUAACAAGCACUGAGUAUAAUAUUAAUUGGGGAUGAUCAAUUAGAAUUAGAGACAUCAAUGACGACUUUGAUCUAUAUGGUGUAUGGUGUAUAUCGAUUUUAGAAAACUUUGGUUCUUGUUUUUUUUUAUCGAUUUCAUGAUGCAAGACAUUGAUGUUUUUAUAUAUAUUUAUCAUCUCUAAUAGCCCGCGAGCCAGAGGCUAAUUUCGUCAAUUAUUUCGUCAUGGUCAGAAACAGUAGUUAAAAUAGUUAUGUUUAGAAGCCUAGUGUUUAUUUUAUUUUGCACAUUCGUGCUGUACACUAACAAUCUACCACACCACAGCCAUAUGACUAUUUUUGAUCUUAAAUAUAUAACUUUAACUAUGAUUUGAUAUCAAUUUGAACCAGAAGGAAAUUACUGAUUUUUUAUAUCUUUGCAAGAGUGUUCUUGUAAAGAUAUAAAAAAUCAGUCAGUCAGUCAGCUCCUCAACCUAUUCUUGGAAUCGCAACUGAUCUACACUAGGCUUCAUAAUGUAACUAUCUUAAUAAUCUUAGAGUUUUUUACCGUGAGAAUAUUCACGUCAAUCUAUUGCUGGCAUACGGUUCAUAAUAUUAAUUUGACUUUAUGUAUUGGAGUACGUAAUGUGUUACUAUUGCUGAGCUUGAUCUCAGGUUUUAAUAAAUUAUUUUGGA